UACUAACUCCUCAUUAAACUUUAAAAUUGUUUUAAAAUUUUAAAACUUAUAAAAAUGAAAAAGCCAAAAUGAAAUUAUCAAGAGCUGUUUUGCAGCAAUGUGUAUCAGCUCGUUUGUUAGUCAAACCUGCUACUGAUGAACAGCCUGCCGAUUAUGUGAAGAUAUCAAAUGGUGUUGUGAUAUUUAUAUGUUUUAUGAAAGGUGCUAAUUCCAUUUUAAUUCCUAAGUUAGUUAAAUGUCUUUUGGAAAUCAAAUUGAGUUAUUGUGCAAAGCAAAAUAAGCGUGUUUCAAUAUUAGAACUACCUGGAGACAUUCUAAUAGUACCGCAAGCCACAUUAGGUGGGAAAGUUAAAGGAAAGGUUGUUCAAUAUCAUAAUAACAUUGAUAAAGAAGCUGGCGAAGUUCUCUAUCAAAGAUUUGUUGAUCACGUUAAAGAGGUUUUUGAAGAAAACAGAAUACACCUACCAAAUGAAUGCUCCGUGAAAAAUGGAACUUAUGGAAACCUACAAGUGUUAAGUAUGGAAACGAAUGGCCCUUACACUCACGUUAUCGACAUGUAGUUUUUUUGAUAAUAUUGUGUAAAUAGGAAAUAUUUAUAUAAAA